CAGUUAGUCCGGUAAUGUUGUUUGAAUUGCGUUUAAUAACAAAAAAGAAAUUUACGAUUUGAUUGGAAGAAAGUUCGGUGUUCGUUGUGCAGUCAUGAAUGAUUGUUUCUGUCUAUCUUUAGUGAUCUACUGUUUGCUAGUCGUAGGGGUCUUUUACAUCUACUACUUAGGAUACACUAUGCUUUGUCAAUUCUUUACAGGCAGUUAUAAUUGCGACCCAUUGAUUGAAUAAGUUUCGAGUCGGUGUUAGAAAAAAAAAUGUACUAAAAAAGAAAAAAAAAGCAAAUAAGCAAUAUUUUCACAUCCUGUUCAGGUCAUUCUACAUAUAACUCAGUUAUCAAACAUUGUGUUGAGUGGUUUGUUAUCAACAAUAGUGUGUCAAGUGUUGGGCAGGAUCAGUCAGCAUAAGGAAGCAAUGGAAAUUUGAAAUUGAAUUGUGGCAGUAUGAAGUUUCAUCGGUGGGCAUAGAUAACAUACACAGAGGAGCUGAAUUUUAAUCCACUUAUGGCAUUGAUUGAUUGGGUUUCACAGGGGAAGGCUCUUGUGAGGUCAUAAGGUUAUGUUUAUUGUUGAUGUGGACAAGUAUUAGGUUUACUUUUUGUUUGCAAUCAACAUUAUGGAUUACUACUGUGACCAUGUCAGGUUCCCUGAUUCGGAUGAUGAAAAUCUCUUGCUCGAUGAUAACAAUACUACUAAUCCUAAAUGCAUCAAAUGCAGGGCAUCAUUGAAUGCAGAUAGCAGGGAUUCGAAAAACUGGCCAAAAAUAAAUAUUCAAUGCAAUGAUUUGCUAGAUUCUCCUGAAGACUCUCCACUACUCUUCGAUGAGAGGAUCAAUAGUUUUGGACACUUAUCGGUUAAGGAUUUUCAUUGUCACUCGCUCAGCGCAGAAAAUGAUAAUAAAGUGGCAUAUAAAACUUUAUGUAUUGUUUCUGCACUUUGCCUUUUCUUCAUGGUAAUGGAAAUAAUAGGAGGUUACUUAGCUGGUAGUUUAGCAGUCAUGACAGACGCGGCUCAUUUAUUUUCCGAUUUGAUCGGUUUCUUCGUAUCCAUAAUUUCAAUAUGGAUUGGAAAGAGGCCGCCAACAAAGUCCAUGACGUUCGGAUACAACAGGGUGGAGGUUAUUGGCGCUUUUCUUAGUGUUUUGAUAGUAUGGGUCUUGGCCGCGGUGUUCUCUCUACUCGCCCUGGAAAGAAUCAUCCAUCGUGACCACAAGGUAGAUGCAGAUACGAUGUUAAUCAUAGCCGGGUUGGGAUUAGUCGUUAAUAUAGUGAUGGGAGCUGUACUGCAUGGUUUCUGUUUCAAAGUGCAUUCCCAUUCUCACGGAGACUCUCUAAUCGAGUCGAACCAUAGUCACGGCGAAGAGAAUCUUAAUAUCCGGGCUGCCGCUGCCCACGUUAUCGGGGAUUUGUUGCAAAGCGUGGGCGUAUUGAUAGCCGCCAUCGUGAUCAAAAUAUUUCCUGACGCCGUAAUCGCGGAUCCUAUAUGUACAAUUUUGUUUUCUGUGAUAGUUGUAGGUGCCACGGUUAAAGUGGCCAAAGACUCUCUGAUGUUGUUGGCGGAGGCGAGUCCCAGGGGUUCCUGGGAUCUGUCGAACGCGCUGAGCAACAUUCCGGGUGUUAGGCAUGUUCAUAGCUUGCACAUCUGGAGCCUGGCGCCGGGAAAAGAUGCCGUGGCUGCACAUUUAGCCGUUGAUGAUGCUAGUGAUAGAGAUACUGUGUUAAAUCGAGCAACGGAGGUAGUGAAAGAUAAAUUGAAGGUUGUGAGCUGCACCAUACAAAUAGAGGCGUAUAAUCACCAAACGAUGAGCGAGUGCAUCGAAUGCCAACAGCUGCAAGUUUGACAAUACUUAAUCCAACAAUAUUUGUUUAUAAUUAUGUAAGAUAUGUAAAAUGAUAACUGAAAUAUAUGUGAUGUGAAGUAUUACUUAAUAAAAUAAUCAAUUU